AUGAACCGCAUCACCGUUCUCGGCGGCGCCCUGGCUGUCAUCCAGUCUGGGUUCCUCACCCAAGGCCAGAAUCUAACAGUGACGCCGCCAGCAACGGUAUAUCCAACAGUGACGCCACCGGCGACAGUAUCUCCAACAUUGACGCCGCCGGCGACGGUAUAUCCACCAGUGUCGCCAGCAGUAGUGACGACCACGCUGGUGCAGUUCAUAGCCCCCAAUCUCACGCCCACCCCGUCGCCUGCCAGAUGGAGUAGCGUCCGCAUUCCCGCGACCAUCACCAAGGGCAAAGGCAAGACCUCGUUCGCCACCCCAAUUCCUGUCCGCCAGGUGAUCUGGGACGACGAUCACUACGUGUGGUGGCGAGCGCCGGAGGUCGACCUCUCCAACAUCCACCUCGUGGAGAAGCACUACAUCGAGAAGGCCAACACGCCCUUCAGGGGCUGGGUCGACGGAACCGACGACGAGGGCGAGCCCAUCCGCAGCGUCGUCUGGGAGGACAAUGGCCGCGAGCACGCUGAAGACCCCUCCUGGGCCGAGAACGACAGGUCGUUGGGCGGCGAGCAGUGCCGUGAGACCGAAGAGGAGCAAUGGGGUCCGGGUGACUUCAUUUGCACUCGCGAUGGCGAGGCCAUCGCCAUCGCGUACCCCCCGGUGCCUCCGGACUGGAAGGACGGUGAUGAGCAGUACUACAACGCGAGCACCACCUGGGCCGUCGCCGGCGCGACGCCGACGCCGACGCCCUCUCCCUCUCCCUCGGAGGUCAAGGAGGAGAAGAAGGGCCACUCCCCUUACUACCCCACGGACGAGCAGAAGUCGAGCAUUUUCGUCAAGGACGAGCUCAAGUGCUGGUAUGCAGAGAAGCCGGGGUUCAAGAUCCCCUGGCACGUCGACCUGGACAUCGUGGGCGCCGCCAUCCACGAGUACUGCUACUACACGCCCAACCUGCACAAGACCAUUGGCAUCGAUGUGCAGUUCCCGAAGAUGCAGACUGGUUUCUUCACCGAGGACAACUCCGGGUGGUCUGUCCAUACUUAUUCGGACAAGCAGUCCAUCAUCGAGGUCAAUAUCAGGCAGGCGUUUGGGACCAGUGAGGGCUGCGAUGCCACCGUCUACCCGCAGAACCCGAUUCAGUGCGAGGAGUUGCUGUUGAACACCGUGAAUGGCUGCUCUGAACUUGAAUCAAUGGGCACCGCCUCGUCCGUCUCGGAUGUCUGCACCAUUUCCGAGAUCGUCGUUGCUCCUUACAAUCCUCACAUCGUCUGGGAAGAAUCUGAAUCCAAGUCGGAGGCUAUCAAGCCGAGCUUCGGAGAGCCGACGUCCGCCGCAAAGAAGGAGAGCGAGACGCCAAAGCCCACCAAAGAGUCCUUCUCCAAGCUGAGCAGCUCCGAGACGCCAAAGGCAAAGGCAACGCCAACGCCUUCGCCUUCUCAAACCUCAGAAAAGGAGCAGAAGCAGCACACCACCAUCUCUACUGCGACGCACGCUAAGCAAUCUCGUCCCUCAAUCCCCGACAUCAACAUCGACGAGGACUUCCUGCCUUUCCUCAAAAGCCUCCACCGGGGCCCUCUCAAUCGCUUCAGGCCGAGCUUUGCGCAGUCUGCAGAGCAGCAAAAGCCCACGAAAGAGGCCAUCUCUUCGGCAGUCAGUUCUCCGGCAGUCAGUUCUUCGGCAGUCAGUUUCAAGAGCAUCUUCGGUCGCUCGGACAUUCCGAGCACGCGUUCGUGGUCGAGCCAGGUGACGUCCUUCGCUGCUGCCGCCGCAACUCCGACUCAGAGCGCGAGCAAGAGCUGGACCACGACUUGGACGGUGCACGGCGGUCGUUGA